CAUGCCUUUUGUCGUCCCUACGGCAAGGCCAUAUUAUUUACGGAAACCCCUGAGCAAAAUAGGUAGGUGCCCUCGUAUCUACAGAGCCUGGUCGUGGUAUGCCCCAAGGACGGGCAGGUUUGCUCUUAUUAACAUACUAUAGAAUUCCCGCUCAUUGCUCUAGCCUCACUUUUAUUCACCUCUCACUGUUCAUGCACACCUUUAACCACCAGAGGUCAAUUAGAACGGCCCCAGCACCCUACCAGAGCCCGAUUAUCAUACCUCUCUCGACCAGACAUCUCAAAAAUACCAAAGUAAAACCCGGAUCUGUCUACCUACCUAACCAAAAAUGGACCCUCUGAAAUCGUCCCUCCCCCCUGCCCCUCCCAUCUCCCUCCGCACCAUGCAAAUGGCAGGCCUCCUAGUCGACGUCUACGGCCUGUCCGAACUGCCCCCGACCGCCACGCACAUCUCCUGUCUCUGGCUGCACCACCCGCGCACGAAGAGCAAGGAGACCAUGGGCGACUUUGCCGCGCGGUGCGUUGCGGCAUGGUAUUCUAAUUCAAGCGCUCCGGGACCGGCGGCGGGAGGGGCCGCCGCCCAGCAGGGCCCGGGAAGCAGGGGGCUGGUGGCGCUUGCCUAUGACCAACGGAAUCACGGCAGUCGAGCGGUGGACGAGAAGGCGAAUGGGUCGUGGCGCGAGGGGAACGCGAUGCAUGCUGUUGAUAUGUUCGGUGUGAUUGCGGGGAUGGUGGCGGAUCAGAGGGUUUUGUUGGAUCUGGUAGAAGGGUACCUCCUUCACGAUGAUACUGAGGGCAAGAGGACGAUCGAUCAGCACCUCGCGCUGGGAGUCUCGCUGGGCGGACACAGCGUGUGGCAGUUGAUGUUCGCGGAACCGAGAGUGACGGCGGGGGUGGUGGUGAUUGGUUGCCCGGACUAUAUGAACCUCCUAUCUGACAGGGCAAGGCUCUCAAAGCUCGCCACUUACUCAGCCCAGGACAAGGGUGCCUCAUUUUUCGGCAGCAAGGACUUCCCCCCGUCCCUGGUUGAGGCAUGCAAGAAAUUCGAUCCGAAGGGCAUCCUUCUCGGUACUUCCGCCGUUCCAGAUGUGCAAUCAUCAGGAGUCGAGGAGGAACCUGCCCGGAGGAUUGCGCAAACGCACCUGCGUGGCAAGAAAUUCCUGCUCUGUUCCGGAGGCGACGACAAGCUCGUGCCAUACCGGUGCUCCGAGCCGUUUCUAAAGUGGUUCAAGCAAGCGACAGAGACCUGGUUGAAGGAGGAGAGAGUCUCGGUCGAUGAUAGAGUCUACCCCGGGAUCGGCCACACAUUCAGUAAGGACAUGGUUACGGAUGCGGUGAGCUUUAUAGUGGACGCUGUUGCCAAUGCAGAACGGAGUGCAUCAGCAAGCGGAGGUGACGAACAGCGUACCUCCAAGAUCUAGAAGAAGCUGCGAACUCACACUCUACCAAAGGGCGUUCUAGGGGAGAGUUGGGAAUGCAUGUUGCUGAAUCGGAUAUGAAGAACGCGUACUGUUGCGCG